AUGUCUUUGAAAUCUGUUGAUAUACAAAAAACUUUGUCUUUAAGUUCUAAUGACGAGCAAAAGCUUUCUAAGAAUUUUACUUGGACGUCUCUCUUAGGAAUUGCGUUUUCCCUGACUAAUUCGUGGCUGGGAGUCACGUCCGCUCUCGUUGUCGGCUUGUAUAGUGGGGGGCCUCUUUUAAUCAUCUACGGUCUCAUAAUUGGGAUGUUCUUCACAUUUAUGUGUGGAUGGUCACUUGCUGAGUUUUCAUCUAUACUGCCUAGUAGCAGUGGUACCAGCUUCUGGGUUUUAAAAAUGCUAGAGAAGAGAGAUGUUGAGUUGGAUGGUGAAUAUAUCGGAGGAGAUUGUAUCUUAACCUCGAAUGUUCGAACUACUGAGCCGUAUGAUGAUGAUGAUGAUGAUGAUGAAGAGCGUAGGUUGGAAACAUUUUGCGCAACAAAAGAAGUUCGCCUUAAUUCGUCAUUUCAAAAGUCAAUUGCUCUUAUUGUAGGCCUCAUCAAUUACUUCGGAUCAAUUUUCACUACAGCAAGUGUUUUUUCCUCUUUAGCUCUCAGCAUUUUGGGAGUUCAUUCGUUACUUCAUACUCAAUACCAACUUGCACAUUGGCAUGUAUUUCUCAUCUAUGAAAUUCUAAAUGCUUUGUUUGUUGUUGUGAAUAGCUGGUCGUCCAUUUUACCUUUUAUCUCCCAGUUUGGAUUAUAUAUGUCGGUUCUCACCUACUUUUUUUCAUUUGUCGUGACAAUAGUGUGCCGCAGCAAUUAUUCUAGCAUAGAAUGGCCCAAAACUUCUGAGAUUUUUGUUGAUUUCAAGAAUACGACUGGUUGGAGUUCUGCGCCUAUGGCAUUUAUUGUGGGAUUGAUAAAUCCGUUAUGGGCGUUUGCUGGGAUUGACUCUGCAACCCAUAUGGUCGACGAUUUAGGUUAUAAAGCCUCUAGGAAGCUUGUACCUUUAGCUAUUUUGACAACAAUCACAAUUGGUUUUCUAACAAGCUUUACGUAUGCUAUUGGAAUGUUUUUUUGCAUCACAGACGUUGAAAAAGUGACUAAUUCCAUUCUCCCUAUCCUAGAAAUCUAUUAUCAAGCAACAGGAAACAGAAAUUUAAGCGUGUUACUUCAAUGCUGCUGUAUUCUAACAGGCUUGACAUGUGCGAGCGCAAGUGUUACUUGGCAAAGUAGGAUCUUAUGGAGUGUUGGACGAGAUUUCUCACAACUCGUUAACGGAAGACGGAUGGCUCAACGUAUUUUACUAUUUUUUGGUACGGUAAACCUAUCGACGAAAUCACCCCUAAAUGCACAUUUAUUCUCACAAUUUUGUGUCGCGAUUAUUGGUUGUAUAUUCAUGGGAUCCUCUACAGCCUUUAAUGCCAUUAUAACAGCUUGUAUCACCUUAUUACUGCUUUCUUAUGCCAUUCCUUGUGUUAUUUUGUUAUGCGUGGGUAAGAGAUCUUUCUAUAGGCGCAUAAAAACAGAAAUGGCGAGCAGAAAUAUAUCCGAUGCCUCAUUUCCUGUCCAAAGUAAAAUAGGGUACGUUCCUACUAUCUUGACUGUGGCAUGGGCAGUCUUCUGUUUGAUAUUCCUUUCUUUUCCUUACACGCUCCCUGUGACGGCUCAAAACAUGAACUAUGUUUCCGUGGUUUAUGCAGCCGUUUUUAUGAUAAUAGGGGCAAUAUUAUGUGUUUAA